AUGAUUUAUUCUAUGAAUCAAUCAUUUAUUUUAUCAUCGAAUUGUAGUUAUAUAUCAAGUCAUCGAUGUUCAGUUAAACUUGUAUUUUGGUAUGAACGUCGAAAUUAUGUUGUUAGAUUUCCAGGUGAUUUAUUAAAUGAUGACAAUAUCGAUGAUAAUAGACAUUUUAUGAUGAUUGAAGUAGCUAUGAAUACAUUUUUUUCUUAUGAUAUUAAUCAUGUAUGUAAAGAUAAAGAUGAUUGUGCUCGAUAUUAUGCUGAAAAAAAGAUCAAUGAAAUGACACAACGAUCAUUUAAUAUUUCAAAUAUUUAUAAUGAUCUUGAACGAAUUUUAUAUAGAAACAAAAGUUUCAAUGAUCAUGAUUUACUUUGUUUUGAUUCAAAUGAAGAUAUACGUCAAUGUACUAUUGCUAGAAUGAUUGGUUCAUGUCAAAUUAUUGAUGAUCUAAUUAAAUAUAAAACUCAUCGACGUAUAUGUCAACGUCAUUCUCAAGAAUCUGCUAGUGUUAAUAUCUAUGAUUCUAAUAGUUUUGCACUGAUGACUAUAAAAUGUAAUCGAAUGUUAUGUAAUGGACCAUUAACAAUACAAGCUGUAAAAAAUGUCUUAAACCAUCAUCAUAUUACGAAUAUUCAUGGUCGACUAUCAGCAAAUAGUUCACGAAUAUCAAUAAAAUAUUAUUUAUUUAUAUUCCUAUUUUUUGUAAUUUUUUCGAAUUAA